AUGUCAGCAGAUUGUGAACAAGAUCUAUCCCAGACUUGUAAAGCUAAAGCAUGUGCAAUUCAAGAUUGUUUACAAAGAAAUGGAUAUAAUGAAUCAAAAUGUACAAAAUAUAUCGAUGAAUUGUACAAAUGUUGUAAAGAAUUUUAUGAAGAAAAUGGACCUGAUGCCAAAAGUGUUUGUUGUCCGAAAUUUCCAUUAUUACAACGAAAAUUGGAGCAACGAUCUUUAGGACGAAUAGAUGCAGAAUUGAUUAGACAAGGCAGAGGGUGA